GCGCAGCACACAAACAUGUCAUUUGCCAAAUUGACGUCCACGAUCAGAGCUGAAACUAUGAUUUAUUUAUUCGAACUUGCGCAGACGUCAAAGUCUGCCAUGAAUGAUACUGAUGCAUCUGAAUACGGUGCACUGUACGAGGGUUAACUCACGCUACUGUAACGCUGUACAGUGACCGAUGCCUCUCUGAACGAAGGAGCUUUCUCGAGUUCUAAGCUGGGAGCGACUUUUUGGCGCCCCGAGCUGCGAAUUGCGGUGAGAUUUUGCGCCUCGAGCCCGAAUAGAACGCCGGCGGAUUGGUCGCGAAGCUGAUGCGAGGAUUCCACUCUCUCAAGGUCCGAUCGUUCGGAUGAGCUCCUUCGCGCGUGCUUGAGGACGCAGGAGGCCUUGAAGUGCUUUUACUUCGUGGAAAAUAUGCCGGUCAAAUGGCUUUUGUACUGGCAACCGAGUACUGGAUCGACAGUGAGUAGCCAGACUCUUGUGGACGUGAUGAAGAGCAUUGAAAGCAUCAAUGGUGUGCGAACGGGCAGAUGGCAGGUCACUGCUUCUAAUCACCGACCGAUCCAGAGAGAUCAAUCGAUGGGACUUCCUCAGGACUGUGCACGCGAGCUCCUCGGUUUGACAUUCUCCGAGGUUCCCAGCAAACACUACUUUAUUUUGAGGGGUGAACAUAUGGUGGUGGAAGCUCAUGCCAACAUGCAGAAUAUCAUGGAGAAGCUGCAGCUUUACCGAAAUCGAUUGAAUAUUUUUUUUGAGGGUUUUCAGUAUCAGCUGGGUGACUUCCAACUAAAGGCGGGCAGAGCUGUCCUCGCUCACAGUGAAAAUCUUCGAGGCAUUGUUUUGGAGGUCGAGUACGUUCCAGUUUCUUCGCUAGAACAAACACGUCUUUUGUUGCAGGAAUUCGUAGAGAUGUGGCAGGAGGUUGUAACUGCACAGAAUAUGGCCGGUAGAUUUACUCCACUGGAACCUAAUUACUCUGACUAUAACCUCCCUGAUCAAUAUAGCUGGCAACACACGGCCUUGCAGUAUGUCAACCUCAUGGUGUACUUCUUGCAUGCUCAAAGGAACUAAAACUUACUUUUGAUGACAAAUUUUGACUCCCAUCUCGGGACAUGUGUAUAUAUUGAGCUGAAGCUGGUGGUUUUCACAUCGGCACGUUUC